AUGCUAAUUUUUUACUGUCUCUAUACUGAAGCAAUUAGAAACAUCGAUACAAAGUGGGAAAGGAAGUUUGCCCAAUAUGCCAACGCCAUGGAAAAAAAGAUCGAGCAGUUGAAUGAGGAUGUAAAUCGUGGAUUUCACGGUAUACCUGCAGCCAUCGAUAAUCAUAUUUACUUGCAACCUGGUGAACAUUGUAGCUGUUGUACUCAUAAAAAGAAGCUCCAAAGAACUAACAAGAAUGCACCCAUUGGUUUGCCCUACACUGAUGCAUCGACAGACGCCCUUCAAGAACAAAUGGUAAAGAUCAUUAAGUACUUUAGGGGCAAUAAUCUGGUUGGUAGAACAGAUGUUUUGAUGAUCCUCUUUGGCUCAAGAAGCAUCAACUUGAAUACUGAAAGAAAAACAGUUGUGUAUACUGAAACAAUGAAAACUUACUUGACAGGCCUGUCGCAAAGUUGGGACAAUGGGGUGAUAACUGAUAAAUCUGAAACGGCCUACCAUAACACGCAAACCCUGUGCAAGCACUUCUUUGUAGCGUAUUUUGGUGACAAGUUUAGUACGGGGUUCAACUGGACUUCUUUGGAUGAAAAUGUCAAAAGCGAUGUAACCGAGCUUUUAGAAUGUAUCUCGUUUUUUUGGAAUAAGCGUACUAGCAGUAGUGGGCUCCCAAGCUCAUCUGCUGAGCUGGUAUCUCCAGUAGAUGCAGCUAACCCGCUAUUACCAAUGCAUCUUUCCAAGAAAAGCUGGUUGACACGAAGAGUAAUUGUUUCGGUCUUGCAAGACAACGUUGCUCAAGUAAGAGCAUCCCCAACGGUUUUUGAAUUCCAAAUGUAA